GUACAGGGUUUGUACAUCUAUAUAAACUCAUUCCAGACUCAUCUUAUUUCUUCACCUUAACCUCUUGCCUCACGCCAAUUCGCCUCUCCCUUCUCUUCAAUCUCCUUUAUUCUUCGCCGCCUCCAUCUCAAUCUCAUCGCUCAGGUUAAUCUGCAACGGUGUUAGCCAAAGUGUAGGCUUGCAAGUCAGAAACAUUUUUAUGUCUGAACAGGCCACCCUGUUUUGUUCAUCAUUUGGGUUGCUCGGUGGAUACUGUCCGUCGUCCAGGAUAAAGGAUAAGGUUGGCUGUAUGCAUAUUGAAGCAUUGCAGGGUUUUAACAGAAACUGUGAGGGUUGCCAAUUUACGCGGCCUUGUCAAUUUAUUGCGAAGGAUACUAAAUCUGUAACACACCCCUUCUACCUUCUUUAAUAAUAUAUUUUUGGAGGUUACCUUGAAGAUGGCUUUGCAGAAUAUUGGUGCUGGAAACAAAGAUGAUGCCUUUUAUAGGUAUAAGAUGCCAAGGAUGAUAACAAAGAUUGAAGGUCGGGGAAAUGGCAUCAAGACUAAUGUUGUCAACAUGGUUGAUAUCGCCAAGGCCUUGGGUAGGUCUGCUGCUUAUACAACUAAGUACUUUGGUUGUGAGCUGGGAGCUCAAUCCAAAUUUGAUGAAAAAUCUGGUGCUUCGCAUGUUAAUGGCGCGCAUGACACUGCUAAACUUGCUGGCCUUCUAGAGAACUUCAUUAAGAAGUAUGUUCAGUGUUAUGGAUGUGGGAACCCUGAGACUGAGAUAAUUAUAACUAAAACACAGAUGGUUACCCUCAAAUGCGCAGCAUGUGGACAUUUGUCGGAUGUUGAUAUGAGGGACAAGCUUACUACCUUCAUCAUCAAAAAUCCUCCUGAGAAGAAGGGGGCUAAAGACAAAAAGGCAAUGAGGAGAGCUGAGAAGGAGCGCCUGAAAGCAGGUGAGGCUUUGGAUGAGGAGCAGAAGAAGCUAAAAAAAGAAGCUGUUAAGCAAAAAGGCAGCACUAAGGAUGGAUCAUCCAAAGCUUCAAGCAAGAAGAAAGUAAAUGUGUCUGAUGAAGACAAGUCUCCUGCAGGAAGCCAGGCAGAUGAGAUGGAAGCAGUGGGUGGUAAGGAUGAUGAUGAUGACGUCCAAUGGCAGACUGACACUUCAGCUGAAGCAGCUCGACUGAGGAUCCAGGAACAGCUCAGUGCUGUAACUGCUGGUAUGGUUAUGCUUGAUACAACUGAGGAGAAGCCGAAGUCUGGAAAAAGCUCGCCAGUGCGUGAAGAGAAACCUAAAGUCAAUGGUCAGUCAAAUGGUGCUGCUAAUGCUAGCACCCUUCAUGAGAAGCUUGUGCUUGAGAUCAAAGAUUAUCUCAAAAAGGGUUCCUCUGCAAGCAAGUUUAAACCCUUUCUGGAUACACUCUCUGGUUCAUCUCAGCAAGUCUUCGAUGCAAUUUUUGAAGCUAUGUUUGAUGGUGCUGGAAAGGGAUUUUCAAAGGAGGUGACUAAGAAGAAAAACUACCUAGCAGCUGCUACUCGGGAUGAAGGAUCACAACUUGUUCUACUGAAUGCAUUUGAGGCAUUCUGUGGGAAAGCCAGUGCUGAGGCAGUGAAGGAAGUGGCUUUGGCGCUGAAAGUUCUGUAUGACAGCGAUGUGCUUGAAGAAGAGUUUAUAGUGGAGUGGUACGAGAAGGGCUUGAAUGGCAACAAUAAAGACUCCCUGAUCUGGAAGAAUGUCAAACCAUUUGUCGAGUGGCUUCAGAGUGCUGAGUCUGAAACUGAAGAUGAAUGAGUCCUGGAGCCCAAAUCCUGUUCUGGCAUGUUUUCUUUUUCUAUUUCGUACUGUUUCUAUCGUGUCCUGGGGUCUCUGACUCACAGCUUGCUAUAUUGUUUGGUCUUUUACUGGUGUCUGAUUGUGUCUUUUAUUACCUUCUGUUUCUGCUGUUGUGUCCUGGCCCCUGGGGUCUCCGACUCACAGCUUGCUAUUUGGUUUGGUCUUGAACUGGUUUUUGAUUAUCGUUGUUUGGGUUUGGUCCUAGAACUGGUUAUUAUUAUUAUCGUUUGGUUUGGUCUUGAACUGGUUUUUGAUUAUCAUUGUUUGGUUUGGUUUUGAA